AACAAUUUCGAGUUUAAAGACGAAAUUCUCGUAGCUUGGCGCGCUUAUGGUAUGGGAAAGGGAAAAGAGAUCCCAUUGGAAACAACAUUAGAAGGUUAGUCCAAUGAAAAUUCACAAUUUUAUUCUUCUUUAGAAUUAUGUCACCGCGCAAACUCUUUUUUUAUAGUUUGAGUAAAAAGGUGUACGUUUAUCGUUUUUUAUAGCCUUCAGACGUAUGAAAGGCAUCCAUUUCCCACCCUGGUGCGCAGGAAGAGCGGGUGUCUACCACCCCGAGGGGUUUUGCUUUGUAAAAGACUUAAGCCCCUUAGCCCCUUUAUAAAUUUGUAGCCCUUGAUUUGUUCUACAAAAUUUUUAAAACGAACAUCGCAGAAUAUAGCGGUUCUGAAGAAAAUGUCGUCAUAAUAUGUAAAAAGCAAACGUUUCAUCUGUUCGCGCAGUAAAGUGGACCAAAGGGGCACUCUUCACAGGCUGUGCAGAGUAAAUUAUUGAAGUAGGUGAACAGUGCUUUUUAUGUAAAUCUUGUUUCUUUAUAUGUUAUCUACUUCAGAACAUGGCAUUAGUUGGCUGUCAUCUGAGUUUUCUUCUGGAAACUUUAAACCCCUUAGCCCAAAACCGACUCAGUCAAGGAAGAAGCAAGAGACGGAAGUGGAGCAGGUUCAUGAUCCCACUGUCAAUACAAAUGAAUCGUCAUCCGUGUUUACCUGCCCUCAGGAUGGGUGUGUUAGGGUCUUUCAAAGGCUGUCUUCUCUCGAAAAACAGUUAUCUUUAGAGAAAUGCCCCAAGUCUUUAGAGAAACGGUCUUUGUUAGACCUUGCCAAACUAGGCUACAAGUCCAGGUCGGAGGAGGGCACGACCAGUCAAGUUAUUUCGUUUGCGUCUUUUAGGGAUACAAGAGAGGCUACAUCCGGCGAAGUAGAGGUAAAAGAAGGAUGGGCGCUAAAGCCGAGCAAAAAAGCAUAUCGCUUUAACCAAAACCAGAGGGAUUAUCUAAAUGCGAAGUUUACAAUUGGUCAAACCAGCCGCAGAAAACUAGACGAUGAUAUCGUAUCACGUGAAAUGAGACGUGCAAAAGGACCUGAUGGUGAUCGUUUGUUCAAAGUAUCCGAGUUUCCUACCCCGCAGCAGUGCACUUUAUAUCUCUCACGUCUUGCAGCGAAGGUCCGACGGCAAACAUCCGACGAUGCUGAAAUCCAAGCUGUAGUAGAAGAGGAAAACUUUACCAUGGCA